AUGCUUGACGAGACCACACCACUACUUGGUAGACAGCAGAAAGCCACGAGGUGGCUAUCAAUCUACUGGUUGUCUGCUGUUGUCUUCUGUCUGUCCGCCGCGGGGGCUUGUCUCAAUGUACCCCUAACGCGACUCAUCGAAGACAACCUUUGCAGUCGAUAUGUUCGACAAGGUGCCCCGACUGAAGAGCUUUGCAAGACUGAAAAGAUCCAGUCCAGAUUGGCUUACCUUAAUGGCUGCCUCCCUCUUGUAGAGGCCGUGGUUGGACUUGUUGUGGCCUUUCCAUUUGGAAUUUUGGCUGAUAGGGUCGGUCGGAAACCCAUUAUCAUUCUAUCAAUGGCUGGGACCUUACUAUCCUUGGCCUGGGAAUUAGCUGUAAUCGCUAUGCCGAGGAUUAUCCGGGUCGAGUUCAUCCUGGCUGGUCCGUUGUUUGCUGUCGUCGGGGGUGGAAACACCGUGCUCCUCGCGAAUCUGUACUCGAUUGCAUCGGAUUUGGUGGUUCCAUCAGACCGAGCGUCCACAUUCUUCCUCAUGGCAUUCGCCAGUCUAGUCGGUGCCUCUGUCGGGCCAGCCUUUUCCUCCAUCUUCAUGGAAGCAUUUUCACCUUGGAUUUCAGCCUUCAUCGCCUUCAUCGUCAGCCUGGUUGCUCUAAUCCCGCUCUUCUUCGUACCCGAGACAUUGUCACCAUCAAAGCAUGACUCCCUCUCCGAGCAAGAGUCGGAAGAGGAGCCUCGUGACUUCCGAUCACCCCUUUCUCUUCUCCAACUCGGCUCUUCCAUCGCAUCGCUGAAGUCUUCUUCUCUGGUUAUCGUCCUGGCCACCUUUCUCACAGUCGCCCCGGAGGUCCUCGGUACAUCCCAGUUUCUGGCACAAUACAUCAGCAAGCGUUUUGACUGGCCUCUCGCCAGCACGGGGUAUCUGUUGACCCUCCGCGGGGUCCUCCACAUGGUAGUCCUACUCGUCACCCUUCCUCUUCUCUCCAAGAUCCUCUUGCGGUACCAGCCCUCACCAGUCAAGGACUUGACACUCGCCCGUGCAUCUGUCGCUAUCGCCGCCGUCGGAGCACUCUGCAUGGCGGCGUCGGAGAUAGAAUUGGUGAUCGCUGGGCUAGCGAUUCACAGCCUCGGGUCCGGUCUAGCUCCGCUGUGUCGCUCGCUAGCAACGAGCUACGUGGCACCACAGGACACGGCGAAAUUGAAUACGGCCAUCGGUAUAGUUCAGACGACUGGGUCUCUGUAUGCUGGGCCAGCAUUUGCGUGGUUGUUUGAGACUGGGAUGAAACUAGGAGGCACAGCGCUGGGCCUGCCGUAUUAUGGUCUGGCAGGGUCGUUCGUGUUGUGCUUGCUGGGCCUGCUCUUUGUUCACCCCCCUGCUCAGGGAGACGAGAGCGAUGAGGCCUAG